AUGCACGUCCGUUAUCUAUCUCUACUCGCCUCGCUGUCGUCUGCGGCACUCUUGUCCAGCGACGAGCGCUAUGCUGCUCUCGGCCUUCCUCCCAUCGAAGAUGAAAACUACGGAAUGGAGGCCAUGUCGUGGCUGAAGCGCGAGAAGCUCAAGACCCACGAAAUUAUGAGCGCCGCCGGAGCCUACGAUCUCGACCGAUACUCUACUCUGAGCAAAGCUGCCUGCAACGGUGGCAAGGCCGCUGAUUACUCCUGCAAGGCGCUUGACAUGGUUGGUUUUGUCCGUCACCAGGACUUCGGUUCCAAGACCCGCAAGGGCAACGACGUCUGGGGCUGGACCUCCAAGGAUGGCCGUGAAUUCGGCAUUGUUUGCCAGACCGACGGCACUGGCUUUGUUGAGGUCUUGAAGGACGGCUCCAUGGUUCCUCUUGGCCGUCUCCCUACUGCAUCUUCAUCGGCUCUCUGGCGUGACGCCAAGGUUGUCGAUGACCACGCCUACAUCGUUGCCGAUGUUGGUGGCCACGGCAUGCAGAUCUUUGACAUGAAGCUGUUGCUGGACAUCAAGCACGGUUCGCCCAAGAACUUUACGCAGUCGGAUCUCUCCAACCACUUCACCGGCUGGGGCAAGUGCCACAACGCCGUCCACAACGAGGCUACCAAGACCGUCUUUUGCUCAGGCGACGACAAGUGCGGCGGCAAGCUGCACGCCGUCGACGUCGCGGAUCCCAAGAACCCCAAGGACUUGGGCUGCGUCGGCACCCACAGCUACAGCCACGACGCCCACUGUCUUAUCUACAACGGUGUCGAUUCCAAGUACAACGGCCGUGAAAUCUGCUUUAGCUUCAACGAGAAGCAGAUGGUCAUCAACGACAUUACCGACCGCAAGUCGCCUAAGGAGCUUUCGGUUCUCAAGUACAAGGGCGCCGGCUACACCCACCAAGGCUGGGUGGCCACCAAGGACAUGAAGUACCUGCUGAUGGGUGAUGAGAUGGACGAGCGUCUGCCAAUGGGUGACAACAAGAACGGCAACACCAUUACCUACAUUGUCGACAUCAGCAAGCUCGAGGCCCCCGCGAUUACUGGCACCUACUUUAGCCCCGUCAAGGCUAUUGACCACAACUUGUACGUCAUUGACAACUUGGUGUACAUGUCCAACUACAACACGGGUCUCCGUAUUGUCGACAUUAGCAGCAUCAACUCGGACCCUACAGGCAAGGGCUUCAAGGAAAUUGCCUUCUUUGACGUCUACCCCGAGGACGAUGGAAAGGAGCAGCACGGCUUUGUCGGUGCCUGGUCCGUCUACCCUUUCUUCAAGAGCGGAUACAUUCUCAUCAACUCCAUGGAGCGUGGCAUUUUCGCUGUUAAGCACCAGAAGUAAGUGAGUUACUAGAUGCAGCAUUAGUAGUAGAGCACAAUAACUAGGGCGCCAUCCGAGUACUAGCUUGAAGCAAGGCGCUGCUAUG